AAUAUGGCGGUGGACUUAGGGAACAGAGACCCGUACGCAAUCAAUUCCCACCUACAGGUGAAUUUUGAAGAUGUGCUGGCUGAGCCAGACGGGACCCGUAGCUGUGACUGUGUAUGGGAAACUAGCUUCUGGUGUUUUACAAACGGCAAAAACUGCUGCUACAAAUUCAUGACAGGAAUCUGUGGCAUCUGUAUCGCUCUGUUCUGGGGAUGUGAAUUUGCCCUAAUAACCUUUGAUCAGGUAUGGUGUUUGUCUCCAUGCUUACGUAUAUUCUCCAUCUACAUGGGAUGCUGCCAAAAGUUCUUCGGUACUGCUGUUCAAUGUUUCCUCGCUCCAGUCUGUGAGACCUGUGGAUUAUGUUUCAGUCGAAUUAUCAUUGACAAUCAGAAUAAACGAUAAUCUACACGCCACUUAAAAACAUAAGAUACGACAAGAUGAUGACUCCUUCA